AUUUAAUUUCGCUGAAACAACAUUUAUGGAAGGUAAACGUGGCACAUAUUGUGAUAUACUCAAAUGUUUUUUUAGUGAGAGUGACCGACUGAGUGUUGUCUUUGUGUCUCAGCUGUUGUGGAGGAAAUAAGAAGCUUAUUCGCAAGAAUUUCAAAAUGUGCGGUAUUUUUGCGUAUUUAAAUUACUUGGUUCCUCGUGAUAGAAAAUUCAUCUUAGACACGUUGAUAAAAGGUUUGGAAAGACUGGAGUAUAGAGGCUAUGAUUCAACUGGAGUUGGUAUUGACAGUGAUAUUUGCUUGCAUGGUUCUGAAUUGAAACAAAUAAAGCUGGUAAAGAAACGUGGCAAAGUGAAAGCAUUAAAGGAUGAAAUUAGCUCUUUACAAGAUUUGAAUUUUGAUGAAAAGUUUGAUGUUCAUUUUGGUAUUGCUCACACCAGAUGGGCAACCCAUGGUGUUCCCAAUGAAGUCAACAGCCAUCCUCAUCGAUCCUCCAAAGAAAAUGAGUUCAUUGUCAUCCAUAAUGGCAUUAUUACAAACUUUAAAGAUAUCAAAACUUUCUUACAAAGCAAAGGUUAUAAGUUUGAGUCUGAAACAGACACAGAAGUGAUACCUAAACUUGCCAAAUAUCUGUUUGAGAAAUCAAAAGAAGAUGAAGUAACCAUAGGUUUUCGUGAACUGGUUGAACUUGUUGUUCAGCAAUUGGAAGGGGCAUUUGCUUUGGUGUUUAAAAGUCAUUUCUUUCCAGGACAGUGUGUUGUUACGAGGCAGUCCUUAUUGAUUGCUAUUAAGAGCAAAUCACCACUUACUAUAGAUAAAGUUCCUAUUUUAUAUACAGAAGAUAAUCCUAUGAAGUUAUCUCGUAGUGAUAGUCUUGACAGUAUGGGAAGUAGCAAUUCAAUGUAUUACAACAUUUCUGAGGGCACAGCUAUUGAAUAUUUUUUUGCCUCGGAUGCUAGUGCUGUCAUUGAACACACCAACAGAGUGAUCUAUUUGGAGGAUAAUGACGUAGCAGCUGUCGUUGACGGAAGUCUGUCAAUUCAUCGCCUCAAAAAGGAAGAGCAAUCUGACAGUGUUAUGCAUCGAGAGAUACAAACAUUACAAAUGGAAUUGCAGCAGAUUAUGAAAGCUGGUUUUAGUACUUUUAUGGAGAAAGAAAUCUUUGAACAACCAGAGAGUGUUAUCAACACAAUGAGAGGACGUGUUGAUUUUGAUAAUUACACAGUGAGACUUGGUGGUUUGCUGAAAUAUGUGGAUGUGAUACGAAGAUGUCGACGCCUGCUUCUUAUUGCUUGUGGUACAAGCUACCACAGUGCUUUGGCUACUCGUCAGUUGUUGGAAGAGCUCACGGAACUUCCUGUUAUGGUUGAACUUGCCAGUGACUUUUUGGAUAGGGCUACGCCCAUAUUCCGCGAUGACGUGUGCAUAUUCAUCAGUCAAUCGGGGGAAACCGCUGACACUUUGAACGCGUUACGUUAUUGUAAGGAGCGUGGCGCUCUUUGCGUUGGAAUUACAAAUACAGUUGGCAGUACUGUGUCACGUGAGACAAAAUGUGGUUGCCAUAUCAACGCUGGACCAGAAAUUGGUGUUGCAAGUACGAAGGCCUACACGAGUCAGUUUUUGACGCUUGUAAUGUUUGGUUUAAUGAUGAGUGAUGAUCGCUUGUCAAAGGUCAAACGAAGGAAGGAAAUCAUUGAUGAAAUGAAAAAACUACCAGAAAUGAUCAAAGAAGUUUUGGCUGUGGAUAAAGCUGUACAGGAAUUAGCAAAUGAGUUAUUUGAACAAAAAAGUUUAUUGAUUCUUGGUCGGGGAUACAAUUUUGCUACAUGUCUUGAAGGAGCAUUGAAAGUGAAGGAGUUGACCUACAUGCAUUCUGAGGGAAUUAUGUCAGGAGAACUUAAACACGGACCACUUGCAAUGGUUGAUAAAGUUUUACCAAUUGUGAUGAUCAUCAUGAAGGAUCGUCUUUAUCAAAAAGUUAUGAACGCUUUACAUGAAGUAACUGCCAGACAGGGUCGCCCCAUCAUAUUGUGUUCGAAAGGAGAUAACGAAGUGAAGAAAUAUGCUUUUCGUCAUUUGGAAAUACCACAGACUGUUGACUGUCUACAAGGCAUACUAACUGUCAUACCAUUACAACUUUUAUCAUUUCAUGUUGCAUGUCUACGUGGUUAUGAUGUUGAUUGCCCCAGAAAUCUGGCGAAGUCUGUUACAGUGGAGUAGUUUUGGAAUGCAUCGCAUAGUUUUUUGAGAAACAGCCAAAGAAAUAUUCAACAUUCAAAUAUUAUAUAAAUAUAUUACAUGCUUUCAAUCUGAUCAUUUAUUAAAAAUAGGUACGCUGUGCGUACACGUGAGUAUCAAGGGUGUAUAUCUGUGUAUGUCGCUUGCUCUACGAUAAAUCAACACAAAUAUGUAUUGAUUUACAUACAUACGAUGCUGGAGGCCAGCGGGCUGUGUUUUUUUUAUGUUGUAAUUUUUUCUAAUAGCAUUUAAAAACAUAUAAAAAAAUGUUUGAUUUUCGAAAGCGAAGGCACAUUGUGCGAAAAACAUUGCAAGUACUACAUGACUUUCAUCGUGUUCGUAAAAUUUGUAUUUCAUGCUUAUAGUUUGAGACUUAUCUUUUAACGUCAUUGUCAUUUUUAUGUAAAUCCACACAGAUAAUUGUUGUAAUUCCUAUAAGAUUUGAAAGAAAGUAAAUUCUUUAGCUUUCUA